AUGAGCGACAUCAGCUCGGUGUACAACGAGCUCCGAGCGCGGCGGCAGCUCUGCGACGCCGUGAUCCGAGUGAACCGGGCCGAGUUUCACCUGCACAAGGUGGUCCUGUGCUGCUGCAGCUCGUACUUCAGGUCUCUGUUCACCCACUGGUCGCCUCCACACGACCGCCUGUACGACAUCGACCUCGUGUCCCCCGACAUCAUGCAGCUCAUCGUCGACUUCGCCUACACCGGUUCCGUCUCCGUGGCCGAGGACAGAAUCCGCGAGCUGUUCGUGGUCGCCAGCUACUUCGGCAUCCUGGACCUGAUUCAGGUCUGCCAACACCGGCUGGAGGAGCAGCUGACCCCGCGGAGCUGCCUCAGCACCUGGAGGCUCUCCGACCUGCACUACAACCCGGAGCUGAGGGGCAAGGCCUUGGCGUUCACGCUGAGGCACUUCGAGGAGGUCGUGGCCUCCUCGGAGGAGUUCCCGCUGCUGUCCGUGGAGGAGCUGGUCCGGAUCCUGGAGGACGACCGGCUGAACGUGAAGCAGGAGGAGACGACGUUCGAGGCCGUCAUGAGCUGGAUCAACUCAGAACCCGAGAGGCGACGAGGAUUCACGCCUCUGCUGGUGUCCAAACUCAGACUGGCUCAGAUGAGUCCGAACUUCAUCAGAGACGUCGUUGCUGAAACUGAGGCGGUGAAGAACAGCGAAGCGUGUCAGCCGAUUCUCCGCAACGCCUUAGAGCUCAUCCUUGGCCUGCGGGCUCCCAGGUUCUUCGAGUCCUCGUCCUGCAGCCCUUUGGCCCGUCCACGCCUGCCGCCCGCCAUCCUGCUGGCGGCUGGAGGUUGCACCGGCAACAUCCCCAUCGCCGGCAUCGAGGCGUACGACAUCCGGGCCGACCGCUGGCUCAGCGUGGAUCCUGACGAAGGGACUCCGAGGGCCUCCCAUGGCGCCGCCGUCCUCAGCGGGUCGCUCUACUGUGUGGGCGGCAGACAGGACGUGGAGCCGCUCAACACCGUGGACAGGUUCGACCUGCGCGCUCUCACCUGGCAGCAGGUGGCGCCGAUGCACUCGAGGCGCUCCUUUUUCGGCGUGACGGUGCUGGACGGGUUCAUCUACGCCCUGGGAGGUUGUGAUGGAUACCAACAGCUCCGGACCGCAGAACGCUAUCAGCCCUCAACCAACCAGUGGACGCUGAUCGCAGCCAUGCAGAAGGAGAGGAGCCACGCCGGCUGCACCGCCCUCCGAGGCAAGUUGUACAUCUGUGGAGGCUUCGAUGGGAUCGAGUUACUGUCAUCGGCUGAACGCUACGAUCCAGAGAGCAACCAGUGGACGCUGAUCCCCAACAUGGACAGCAGGAGGGCAGGAAAUGGAGUCGUCGCCUACGCAGACCGAGUCUUCGCAGUUGGUGGCUUCGAUGGAAUCGACACCCUGAGCACCGCCGAGGCCUUCGACCCCGACGCCGACGCCUGGCGGGCCGUGACCUCCAUGUCGAAGCCCCGCAGCAACUUCGGUGUCUCGGUGCUGGACGGACGCCUCUUCGUCGUCGGCGGCCUCGACAGCGCCGGGGAUGUCGCUUACGUUGAGAGCUACGACGCAGAAACCGGGACGUGGUCGCAUGUCGCAGACAUGCAGAUCCGCUGCAGCUCCAUGAGCUGCUGUGUGGCGGACGGACUGGACAACAUGGCCGACUACGCCGGCCCUCGUGACGUCCCGCGAUUCUCCAGCGAGGACGACGAAAUGAAGGGCUGA